AUGAAGAAAUACUUGAAAGAUCUUGGUUUAUGGAAGUAUGUUGAGGAAGACAAUGCUCCAAAACCUCUGAGAGCAAACCCAACUCUUCAGCAGAUCAGAAAUCGUGAAGAAGAGAUUACAAAAGGUCCAAAAUCCUUGUCUUUCAUUCACGUAGCCGUCUCCGAAUCAAUUUUUACAAGGAUAAUGGCAUGUGAAACUGCCAAAAAAGCUUGGGAUAUGCUAAAGCAAGAAUUUCAGGGGAGUGAUAGGACAAGACAAAUGCAAAUAUUGAAUCUAAGAAAAGAAUUUGAGAUGUUAAAGGUGAAAGAGAUUGAAAAAGUGAAAGAUUAUAUUGAUAGGAUCAUGAAAAUUGUUAAUCAAAUUCGAUUGUCGAGAGAAAAAGUAGAAGAGCAGAGGAUUGUUGAGAAGGUGAUGGUGACAUUCCCAGAAAAGUUCGAAGCAAAAAUCUCCUCAAUAGAAGAUACUUGGGUUAUGUCUCAUGUCACGUUGAAUGAACUAUCAAAUGCUCUUCAAGCUGUGAAGCAAAGAAAAGCUUUUAGAGGGGAAGAGAGUUCAAAUGAAGUUGCUCUUGUGGCUACUCAAAAGUCUAAAGCUCAGUCUGAUGGUGAAUUAAAAGGGCAAUUAAAUAGAAGACAUGGAAAGGAGAAGAAGGAGCAAUAUAACAACAAAGGGAGAUAUAGAAGAUCGAAGUAUCCACCUUGUCCCUAUUGUAAAAAGGCCAAUCAUACAGAAAAGUUUUGUUGGUACAGACCUAGAGUUCAAUGCAAGGACUGCAAACAGUUUGGUCAUGUGGAUAAGGUUUGCAAAACAAAUCAAGCCCGACCAGCUCAAAAAUGUUGA